AUGUCGGCGGAUCUUGCGCGUGAGAUCCUCGAGUCGCAGCACGUCGAACCUGCCAACUACAGAUCUGUCCCAGAUUUGGCCACUUGGAAAUCGGAGAGUGAGAGCAUUCACGAAACCUGGCUGGUGUCGGGCUUUGUGUCGUGGCGCCUGUGUGCCACCAACGCAUCCGGGCUGUCUGCGCCGGAGUUCGUCGCAGAUGGUGCUGGCUCGCCAGAGGAGGCCUUUACUCGCGGCUACAGCAGUGAGUGCUGCCCGGGGAUACGAGGAGGGGUCGGGAAAAAAGUUGCAACGAUGAAUCGUGGCCCGGUUCUCAUCCAAGUUAUCGAGUCUGGCCGACUCUUCCUAGAGAUACCACAUCCACGCAUUCCCUUGCCACCACGUUGGAGGAUGCUCUCAACAGAGCAGUCUCUGGAAGUCUUGCAUCUUCCUUCCUUGACAGCCACAUCGACGUUAAAUGUUGUCAUCGUUCCCGGCAACCCAGGCAUACCGCACUUGUACUGCAGCUUUGCCGAAGGCCUUCAGCAGGCCCUUCCUCCCGGCUCUGAGGCGCACAUCCUCGGAUACAGCAAUUUUGUGACCCAGACCGUUCCCAAGGCGGUGGCAUCCAUUGAGGAGGAAGCAGAGCUUCUCGCCGCCGUCUUGGAGGAGCUCGGCAAGCAGAGUGAGGAUGUUCUUCUCAUCGCUCACUCCAUAGGGGCUUGGUGCGUCCUCCGGCAUCUGAAUGGGGCACUGAAGCACAAGUGUUCGCUCGCAGUCUUUGCAAUGCCAUUUCUGGAAGUUGACGAAGACAGCGAGCAUUCGCGGCAGCGGACGCUUCGUCAGCUGGUCCUGUCUCGCUGGGGGCAACUGGCUGUACCAGGCCUGGCAAGGCUUCUGACGUGGCUUCCGCGCUGUCUGAAGGAGAAGCUGGUUCACCUACAACUGGCUGAGCCCGGAUCUGCCGAGGCCAGCACGCUGCUGAGCACCUUUGGCAAGCAGGCUCACCAUUUCGAGAGCAUGGCGCUCAUGAGCAUCACCGAGUUCGAGCUGCUGCUGCCGGGCAGUGAGGAGAGUGGCUUCUUUCUCUUGCAGCAGCUGGGCCAUGACUUCUUGCCUAUGCUCGUGUUGACGGCUGACGUCGACACCUGGUGCCCGCAGGCCCACGCACGGCGCUUGGAAGCCCUUGUGCGCCUGCGGCCAUCUGCACAGCACCUGCAGCUUGGAGCCGUGGCGCACGGCUUCGUGCUGUCGGACUCGCAUCGCCGCACGCCUCCUCAGAACGGUCGGGGUGAUGGGAUGGCGGCGCCGUUGCCGAAGCCAUCUGCAAGGUUGCAGCACUUGGAUAUGGCACAUGACAUCUCGCCCGGCCGAUACCGUACUGGAAAUUUGCCGCUCGCCAUCCAAGCGCGUGAUGCCGACAUCUUAAGAAUGUCGUUUCAGAGACCCGUGCGCAUCAGCUUGUGGCAAGGCGCCCUGGAAGCACCGGAAGUCGCAACCUGGGAAUCCCAGCUUCGAAAGCAAGCAGAGGAAGCAAAGGCCAAUGGUGCCGAUCUUUUGCUGACACCGGAGCUCAUGCUUCCUGGCUACGACUUGUUUGGGAAGAAUGGCUUCGAUCUGGACCCUCGCGGAAUCGAAUCCGAGAUCAGAAAGUGCGCGCAAGCGAAUGGACUUGCACUUUGCGUGGGGUAUGCUGAAAGCAUUGAAGAAACGGAAAGGGCCUCCAACAAAACACAUUGGAACACGGCUUUGCUGGUGGAUUGGCAGGGCUCCGUGGUCAUGCGGUACAGAAAGCACCACUGCUGGGGCAACGAAGGGAACUUAGGGCUACAAGAGUCCGUGGAGGAUCUCGGCGUUGCGAAGUUGCAGCUGUCGGAUGGAGCCCUGAUCCGGGUUUCGGUUCUUAUCUGCUACGACGUUGAGUAUCCGGAAAUGGUGAGGAUCUUGGCCCUGCAGAAAGUGGAACUCAUCCUCGUACCCACAGCACUUCCCUACACAGAGCCCAACGUCAGCACAAAGAUCAUCCCAGCCACUGCCAUGCAGAAUCGCCUCUUCAUCGCCUACUGCAACCUUCCGUGCCUGCCUCGUGUGAGCGGCGAGUAUUUUGCAGGCCACUCCUGCGUGGCGGGGCCUGAUGGCAACCAUUGGGCUGGGCCAAUGGGAUGGAGCGACGAGGGGUUGCUGCACUGCACUGUCGGAUGGACAGAGAAACUCGCCCUUCUUGCCCGUGAGACGCCGUAUCUUUGCGACCGCAAGCCGAAGUUCUACGCUAGCCAAGGCCUUUGCCAGCCAAGUGUUGACAAGAAGCCUGCCUCUUACGACGACUUCUACAACUAG